CAGCUUAUUAUUAAUUAUUAUUAUUAUAUUUUGUAUCAUAUAAAACAAUAUUUAAUGUCAUAAAUCAAUACAACAAUGGAAUUCCAAACUACAAGAAUAGAGAAUAAAGAUCUUUGCAAUGUUCUACUGAAAUGGUUGCAAACAUUACAUCUCAAAACUCCACAUCGAACUUUAUAUGAAAUUACUGAUGGUGUAGCAUUAGCUGAAGCAUUGAAUCAAAUUGCUCCUGAAUGUUUUGAUGACAAUUGGUUUUCAAAAAUAAAAAAAGAUGUGGGAAAUAAUUGGAGGCUUAAGGUUAGUAAUUUAAAAAAGAUUGUUGAAAAAAUUCAAGAUUUCUAUCAAGAUUGUGACACACAACAUAUGGGCAAUUUUGUAAAACCAGAUGUUAUAAAAAUAGGAGACCAAGAUGAUACAAUGGAAUUAGCUCGUUUGUUGCAACUCAUAUUGGGAUGUGCUGUUAACUGUCGUAAUGCUCAAGAUUACAUAACAAAUAUUAGAUCAAUGGAUGAAAAUUCCCAGACAGUAAUAAUGCAGUCUAUACAAGAUUUGGAAAGGAUACAAGGACAUCCUCAAAGUAUAAUCGCUACUAGUCUCGGAGUAGAUACCGAUCACCAAGAACAAAUUCAACAACUUAUUGAUGAACUUCAAUCUGUUACCAAAGCUAGAGACCAAAUGACUCAACGCUGUCUUGAGCUUGAUUCUCAAAUAAGUUUAUUACAAGAAGAAAAAACAUACAUUUUAGAUGAAAAAAGACAUUUAGAAGAACGACUUUUAGAAAGUGUUGAAGAUCCUCUAAAGGGUAGUGGUCAAAGAAGACAGAUUGAAGAACUAAAAGAAGAAUUGUACAAAGCUGAAACGUCUAGAGAUGACUAUCGAAUAAAACUCAAGACACAAGAAAGAGAUAUGGCUGAAUUGAAAACUAAAUUUGAUUUAUUACAAGAAACUGCCGGAGAAGCUAGACUUCUCAAAGAUGAAUUAGAUAUUCUUCGAGAUACAGCUGAUAGAGUUGAAAAGUAUGAAUCAACCAUUCAGUCCUAUAAAAAAAAACUAGAAGAACUAGGUGAUCUAAAACGACAAGUGAAGAUAUUGGAAACAAAAAAUAUAGCUUAUAUUCAACAAAAUAUGGAAUUAGAACAGGAAAUAAAGAAGUCCUCCGUGUGGAAAUCACAAUUAGAAAUGUAUAAAAAACAAGUCACUGAACUACACCAUACAUUAAAUGAUGAGACAAACAAAAUCGAUAAAUUGGAAUUUGAAUCAAAAAAAUUAUUAGAAAACUUAAACACUUUGCAGAAAGAGAAAGAUAGAUUAGUUAUUGAGAGGGAUUCAUUAAAAGAAGCAAAUGAAGAAUUAAAAUGUUGUCAAACUCAAAUGAAAAAGACGAGUACACUUGAACAUUCUCAAACAACUGCUGACGAUGACAUGGAAUCAGCAAUGGACCUCAAACAGAAAUUAGUAAGGCUUCAGCACGAGAACACAAUGCUAAAAAUGAAUCAAAAAGAACCGGAAGAAGAUAAAAUUUCAGUUCUUCAAAGUAUGUUGGAUAAUACGAGACAACAGUAUAAUGAACUGCGUUUAGAUAACAGAAAAGCUAAUCAAAAGAUUUUAGAAUUAGAAUCUGAAUUAAAAGAACAAACAGAAAAUACCAAUGAAUGGAAUUCCAAAAUUAAAGAACUACAAAGUCAAUUACAGUGUGAAAAAGAUACACGGUCAUUGGAUAUUGAAGAAAAAAAUACGACCAUAUCAGAUAAAGAUCAAUUCAUAAAUAUUUUGCAAGUUUCUCUACAUCAGAAAGAUAUAGAAAUACAAGAAUGGGAAGAGAAACAUAAAAAAUUCAUAGAAAAAGCAAAAUCAGUUGUUAAAUCUAUGGACUCUAAAAACGUAUCAUUAUCUGAUGUCGACACAAGUGUAUUAGAAAAUAGACUAUUAAAAGCCAAUAAAGAAAUAAGUGAUUUGAAGAAAGAACAGGAAAGCUACAAAACAUCACAAGAGAUUGAAGAAAAAUUAAUAUCUACUGCAUUUUACAAACUAGCCCAAACUAAGAUGCAAGAAUCUGUUGAUCAGAGAGUAAUGAAUCAAGGACUGCUACAAACUCAAACAUUUCUAUCAAAGCACAGACAACAAACCAAUAAAACAGUAGUACAAAAUCAUAGAAAAUAUAGAGGUAAAUCUCCAUAAAAUAGUACUUAGUUUGUUUUUCAAAUAUUCUAAGUAUACAAGAAAAAACAAUAAAACAACUAAUUUAACAUAAGGACUGCAAGUAAGUAGUAUGCACACCAGUUUAAAAACCAAAUUAUCAUUUUCAUGUAAACUAUUUCCAUUCUGACUCCUGUAUCACGUUUUUGUUUAUUAAUAGCUAGUAAGUAGUUAUAAUUAUUAGAAAAGCUAGUUAUUUAAAAGGCUCGACAUAAAAUAAAUCCUGC